AUGUCUCGACCUCUAAAGGAAUGUACUGAAUCGCAGCUUAAGCGGAAACGUGCUCCAUUAAAAACUAAAUUCACGGUAUUCAAAAAAUUCAUAACUGACUURAACGAGCCUGAUAGUGAAGGAAUAGACAUAUUAAAAUCACGAAUAGAACAGAUCGAGUCAGCUUUAAUAGAAUUUGAGAAUGUGCAAGCCGCGUUGAUAGAUUUCGCGUCUGAGGAAACUUGGGAGUCAUACGUAACCGARGGUGAAGAUAUUCGGCAGUCAAUUCAUAAUGCGAUAAUAAGAGCGCGAAGGAUAGUGCACACUUUCGAACAGGCCACGACACCCAACUCCAAUCCGCCGAUKAAUAGCCCARUAGCAAUCGUUUCCGCGGGUCCAUCAAGCGAGACGCAUAACCCUCCGAAGAACGACAAAUCUAGAUAUUUACCACCAAUGACGUUACCGCGUUUCGAUGGACGGUACGAGGACUGGCCAAGUUUCUCCGARAAGUUUCAAUCAAUUGUUGGUAGGGACUCAGAAUUAUCCGAUACAGAAAAAYUUUCAUAUUUAAUGUCCUGUCUAUCGGGCAGUGCAGAGAAACGAGUACGUGAUUUAGCAAUCACCGCAGAAAAUUAUCAUGUAGCUUGGGAAUUAUUAGAUUCAUGKUAUAACAACCCGAUCGCACUAAUUGACAAAUACGUAAAGGCAAUUMAAGAAUGCCCACGGAUAAAUAAGCAAUCGCCAGAAUCUUUAACCGAGRCUGCUAYUACCCUUAUCACGAACUACAARKCUUUAAAAUCAACUAAAAUGGAUUUCCGCGACGCAUUUCCYAUAUAUACGGUAGUUUCGCGAAUGGACGAUCAGACAAGGUAUGACUGGGAAAAACAUCGUCCCAAACGAGAGUUACCAACCGUAGAACAGCUUGCUGAUUUUUUGUUUGAGACCGGAGAAAUUCUCACYAAAUUGCAUCCKUCAAGGARYUCCAGAGAUACGGGAARGAGCCGCGUAACUACUUCAUUUAAGUCGACUCCUCGGUACGAGAAUCCGCGAAAUACAUCGCAAUCAUACGCGCRCUAUCCAAUUCCGCAAAGAGCACAAGGAAAUGCAUWUYGGAACGCARUGCAAAUUUACUCAUCGCGAACYCCCACRGUAUGUUUCUUAUGUUCGGGUACCCAUGAUACUUUUAUUUGUGAACAAUUCAUAAAGGCUAAACCCGACGAGCGAACCAGAAUAGCCGAAUCGGCGGGGUUAUGCAAAAACUGUUUGCGGUCCAACCAUUCUAUCGAUAAGUGUUUCGCCAAACAUUGUAGAAAGUGUGGUGAAAAACACAACACACUAUUGCACGAAGACAAAUCAAGCCUAACUGCAUUAUGCUCACGUGUCAGAAUCAAUUAUAUAUCUUUACCAACAUUGCUACUAACCGCAGUAGUGUCGUUAUUAGAUCGCGAUGGCAACCCCCAUAAAUGCCGUGUGCUACUAGAUUCACGUGCUAAAGCCAACUUUCUAACAUCAGAUUUUGCAAAUAAAUUGCGUGUCGCUCAGCAAAGUGUAAGCGUGCAAAUAGUCGGAAUAAAUGAACUAAACACCAAUGUUGACAAGGCCGUUGUUACAGUAAUGCAAUCACGUGUAGAAAAGUACGCAAUAGAACUUAAAUUUUUAUUGUUACCAAGAUUAACUAAUAUCCUACCAGCGCAACCUAUACCAUCAGGUGUGUUAGACAUACCUUCUAAUAUCCAAUUAGCUGAUCCCGGUUUCGGUCAACCAGCAAUGAUAGACGCAAUUAUUGGUAUGCCGACCUUUUGUACUUUAUGGCGCGCCGGUCACAUUCUCCAA